GUACGACCACGAGAUUACGAUCCUCUAUGUUCUCCGGCGCGUUGCUGCACACGCCAAUUCCGACGGUUCUCUUCGGUUCCUCCAGCCAAUCGCCAUCGCCACCGACCUUUUCGGCGUCUUACUCUUCUAAGCUAAACUGCAAUAUUCGUUUAUCCAUGGCCUCCUCCGUCAGGAUAGUCAUCGUCGGAGACGUUCAUGAUGACUGGAAUCUCGAAGAAGAUUCAAAGGCUCUUGAGCUAUUGCGGCCAGAUUUGGUGCUAUUUACAGGUGAUUUUGGUAAUGAAAAUGUUAAACUUGUUAGAAGCAUUGCAGCACUCAAAAUGCCCAAAGCAGCUAUUCUAGGGAACCAUGAUGCCUGGAAUACACAAAGUUUUUCUGAAAAGGGGAAAGAUGCUGUUCAACUCCAGCUGGAAAGUUUUGGGGAAGAGCAUGUUGGUUACCAAAGAUUAGACUUCCAUUCAUUGAAGCUUAGUGUUGUUGGAGGACGCCCCUUUUCUUGUGGAGGUGAAAGGCUCUUUAGAAAACAACUUUUGACUAAAAGAUAUGGAGUCGACAACAUGAAGGAAAGUGCAAAGAGAAUCUGUGAAGCUGCUGUAGGGACACCAAAGGAUCAUUCCAUCAUUCUUCUUGCUCACAAUGGGCCCACAGGGCUUGGCUCCAACAUGAAUGACAUCUGUGGAAGAGAUUGGGUGCGUGGAGGUGGAGACCAUGGUGAUCCAGAUUUAGCGGUUGCUAUAUCUCAACUUAAAGGUAGCACCAAAUAUUCCAUUCCAGUGGUGGUGUUUGGACACAUGCAUAAGGAGCUGGCAUUUGGAAAUGGUCAACGUAAAAUGAUUGUGGUUGGGGAUGACAACACCAUAUACCUAAACGGGGCUAUUGUUCCUAGGGUCAAAAGAUUCUCUCACAACACACUUCGAGCCUUUACUUUAAUAGACUCAAAACAUGGAAAACUCCAAAAAAUAACAGAAACUUGGGUUUCAGUUUCAUUAACCCAAGACACCACCACUAUUGAGGAGGAACAUAUUUUAUUUACUAAUACCAACAUACCCAAUACAUCUUCUGUAUAAUAUAUAUAUAUAUAUAUAUAUAUAUAUAUAUAUAUAUAUAUAUAAACUUUUUUAUUGUUUAGGUUUGAUAGUACACUCUUUUUAAUCAUGCAAAUUGGUCUUUAAAAUAAACUCAUCCUUCAAGGAUUUGGUAAAUGGUAUCUUUUGUUAUUGGUAAUGAUGAUAUU